AUGUCGGUCGGCGCUUUCUGUGGUCUUUGCGGGGGACCCUUCGAGAGGUACGAUCUCGAUCCGGGUCCCGAUCCGUCUCCGGUGCCAUGGUCUCGCAAGGCUCGAGCAGUCCGCGUUGACCAGAGCCGUCGCGAUGUUACGCUGACUGAGGUUGGCUACGCACAUGAGUUUCACAUUUCAAUCAACAGCAACGGAGACAUCGGCCCCAGUAACAACUUUCCCCCAUUCUUGGACGAGGAUGUGGACGAGGAUGUGGACGAGGCUGAAGAAGUUUCGCUCUUUCACGAUCCAUCCACCUACCGGCCUCGGGCCUACGCGCUGCAUGACUUCUGUUGGGAGCUUUUCAAGACCCGUGUCAGAUGCAGCCUACCCGGAGAAUCGAGAGAGACCAGGCUUGCUGAGACGCUCUUUUGGCAGCUUGAUAACUUGCCCAGGGCAACCUUUCAUUGCCUGGUGCCUGAAAAUCGGUAUCAUGGAGCGACAGACAUGAGAAAGUGCGAGUCCGAGCUUUCAUUUUUGCUUUCGGAUCCAAACGAAGUGCUAUCCAUCACCGGCAAUUCUAUCGGGAGUGAAGAAGCAUCCUGUUCAACCCUGGAUUUGAUCAAGCAUGAUUCCCCAGCUGAUGUCUUUGACCGACUUCCACAGGAAAUUAUCUGCCAGAUUCUUGGGAACCUAUCUUCGAAGGACUUCUCUAAUCUUCGAGCGGCUUCGCGCUCUGUCGCGUCGGCAUCUACUCCCAAAUUGUUACCUCAGGCAUUCUGGGCGACUAGAUUUGCGCUGAAUCGGGAGCUUGGGUUUGUUUUCGCCCAUGAGAAGCCUCAACAGUCAGACACCAAGAAACCAUGGCGACUCCUCUAUAAAGAGUAUACCGAAGUUCUAAGAACUGGGGAGGAAAUUCCAGGGAUCCGAAAUCGGCAGCGUAUUUACCGUUGUGUGACAGAUUUUGCCCUCGCGGCUGAACAGCUGCUUCAUCAAGGUACACAUUGUCUUACGGACAACGCCGAGUUCCAAAGUUCUAGCCAGGUUGUAACCCCACACGAUCCUUCCCGGUUUUCGUUUUCAUGCCCUCUACUGGUUAAGACGGACGUCCGUGAGCCCCAACUCAGGCAUGGUGUGCAGCCCAUCGCGAGAUUGCAAAUCAACCUUGUUGCACCGCCUCCUGCUGUAUCACUAAACUUGUCGGUUUCUUUUUUACACUAUGAUUGCAAGGUGUACAUAUCAGGGUUUAGAUCCUACUGUCUGGAUCAUUCCGGCCAAGCUUUUGGUCCCGUCAGCAUUGGGACAGUCAUUCCAUCCACGGAAGAGCACAUCGAGAUACAAUCAACUGAGAAGAUUCUUGCUGUUGAGGUCACAGCUUCUGUUUUGGGCAUUCACGGUCUAGUAUUCCACCUUGACCGCUGCGGUGAGGCGGCUUUAGUGGCCGUGGGAGCGACCACCUGCCUUGAUAGCUCGUUUGGCAAGACAGUGCUACAAGGGACAAAGAACCUGACGGGCAUGGUGAUCGAUUUCGAUGAAAUCAAGGCGGUGGCGAUCAAGGUAGUUGAAGACUGUUAUGGCUCCGUGGCCGCAGUUACGACGGACAAUAGCUCGCACAGGCUAUGGAAUCCAGCACCAUUGAAGGAGCACGCAGAAUUGCAGCCUCAUCUGCCUGGGAUUUCUGAAACCUCGGGUGGCUUCCAUCUUCACUUAUACAUGGGGUUUGGUGGCAGCAACGGACAGACGCUGUCAUCUUUGAAUCGCAUCACAGCUUAUGUGUUUUCUCGCACGGGUUUCCACGGGUUUCGCUUUGGUUAUGACAAUAACCAAGACAUAUUAAUUGGAAAGGAUUCCAUUCUUGAGGACGAAAAUGGGACCUAUUUGCCCUGCAUUGAGCCCACAUUCACCAUUGACGGACAAGGUGGUGAACGCGUAACCUCCUUCGAGGUACGUCGUGCACAGAGCUCGACAUACCACAAGCAGAUAAUUUUUUCCAUCAAGGUCUCUACGAAUAACGGUCGUUUUAUGAACUUUCAAAUACACGAUGGCCUCCCCCGACCCCCGGGAGAUAUUUCCUCCCUGAGUAUCGACGCAUCGCAUGACAAGCUCCCGAUAGCAAUAGUUGCUACCUGUAAUCCACCCCAUAUUCCAUGGGAAAGUUUUCAUGUCCUGAAUGGUGCUGAAACACACCACCGCACAAGUCCAUUCGAAAACCAGAGAUCUCUCCGCAAAGGCAAUAGUAUAGAAGUGACCAAAGACUGGAUCCAACAUUCGGCUUACUGGAUGCUUGGAUCGGAGGGCAGCUGUUUUGGAGCCGCUUCCUUGCGCGGGAUCAAGCGAGUUCGGGUCUCUUCCGGUCUUCCGGGGCGUUCCAGAUCCCCCGAAAAUAUUAGCGGACUCUGGAUUGAAUACAUUCGAGGUGAUGAUGUUAUUCUUGGCCAGUGGAUUCAUGAGGUGGGAUCCUUUGACCUUACACCGACCGAGUCCUUGACGCACGUUUCAGUGUGGUCUACUUUGGAAGCCGAAACGCCUUUGAGGAUGGAAAGCUUUGGAAGAGUCAUCGGCAUCAAGUUCAUUACGUCUUCCGGCCAGCAACACGAGUUUAGAACGGAUUCCAGCCUUCCUUGCAUAUCUAUGCACUGGCGCUCGACACCGUAUGAAGAAUUGCGAGAUAUGAUGUGGGCAUUCGGCUCAUACUUCGAUGAAGUCCAAAUUAAACACCAGUCAAUACUCUCAAGUUGGGCCAGGCUCCUUGAAAUUCACAUGAUUUUUGUCGAGAAAGCCCUCGUUGGCAUUGAAUUCGUGCACGAGCUCGGGAUUACGACUAGGCUGGGAUCGAAUUCAGGCGAAGUCUACACCCUGUCUCUUGCUCAGGGCGAGAACAUUGUCAUUCUAGCUGUCAAAGAACAAGAGACCAGAAUUUUGUCGAUAGAGCUGCACACUGAUCGAGGCCAAUCAUUACGAGCUCCAGAAAACUGCGAGGGUGGCGAUUCACUAUGCCAGGCCGUCUUCGAAUUAGACAAACGGUCUGAAUUUGCGAGUAGAGUUGAAGGGGAGCGGAAGUUUGUCUUUUCAUUCCAGACUAUCAAGGAUAUUGGCCCGUGUAUCGGUUUGUGGUUUUUGGCAAUGCAGGAUGAGAGAGAGCUUCGGUUCGAAAGUGCAGGCCCUAUUUUCCUCGCCAGAGAAUAG